AUGGACCAGGACCACACAGCCCAGUUCAUCUCGGCGCUCGCAAACCUCGAGCCGGGGAUCCACGCGCCGGCACCAUCUUCCUCGGCCCAAGCCGCUGGCGCACUCCACACGACAGAUGCCGCGCUGCUAGCCUUCGGGGACACGGACCCGUCGCUGGACGGGUGGACGGUCGAGCAGCUCAAGGUCGAGGUCGUGAGACUACGGCGCGCGCUCGCGUCGGCGCUGCGCCUCGGCGUGCCCGACGAGGUGCCACUGCAGCCCAACCCGCUCGUUGACGGCGUCGCCGCGGUGCACGACGCGCUCCUGCCGCAUCUUACGUCGUUUGUUCAGCCAUUCACCACGGCGACAGCCACGCCGGUACCUGCGCCAGAAACUCGGAAACGCGCGCUCGGCGACGGCGAGGAAGACACGAGUGGCCCUUCGCGCCGCACGCGCUCAUCGAAGCGCGAUUCGGGGACUGGCAAACGCGUCGAGCGCGGACGAAGGGUCGAGCUCGGGCGCGCAAUCCGCACCAAGAUGCGCUACGCGAUGAACAUUGGCCUCGAGGACGACCUGCCCCAGCCCACGGCGCUCACGAUGCCCGACGCAUCGCCAGACCACGGGUACUGGGUGCCGAAUUGGUCGGCUGGGUGGCUCGACCGCGUGUGCGCCGUGUUUAUUGCCGAGGCGCGGAGCUUGCAGGCUUGGAACAAGGUUCCGCCAGAGGACCUCGCGGACGACAUUGUCAAGGGAGCCGCGCGCACGGCGUUUCAGAACUUUGCAAAGAGAUACAUGGCCGAGGUGGACCCGAAGCAGGCCAAGAAGAAGGAGAAAUAUGUCAAGAACCGGCGGCGAUGGGCACGCAAGGACUUGAAACAAAAGCGACGAGCAAAAGCCGCGCUCGACCCGUCGUUUACAGACCUCCAUCUCCCGCCAUCAGCCCUGCACAUUGACUACAUGUCGUCCGAGCACUCGUCUGCGGGAGAGGACGACGCGGACGCAGACGAAGGCGACAACGACGGCGCGGACCUCACGCUCGAGGCCGUGUCCGUCAACAUGGGUGCUCGGCGGCGAGCGCAGCGGCUCGAGCUGUUCAGUUCGCAGGCGCGCAGCCAGGACCCCGACAACCGGCCUGUGGGCAAGGGCGGCUGGGCGGAAGGCGUCUCUGAGAAGGUGCUCGAGGUGCGCACGCCGACGUGGCGGAGCGCGCGUCUCGACGAGCUCUACCGGCGGCUGGACAACAUAUCCGCCGCGCAAGCCGCCGCGCGCGCGACGCCGGCGAGCCAGUCGGCCGCAACGUCGCCCGGCACCAAGGCGUCGCAGCCCAACCUGCGGCUGGGGCACGUCGCGCCGAGCCACAAGCGCUUCACGAUGCCUGCGGGCCUGAUGCGUGCUGGGCGUGCCCCACGGGAUACCGGCGAGGGGUGGAUGUGGGCGAGCGGCCAGGUCGGCGUGUGGCCCGAGCCCGAGGUGGCCGAGCUCGCCGAGGAAGACAUGGUCGUCGACGUGGAUAGCGUUCAGGCGGUCGUGCAGGCCGUCGAGGCGACCGAGGCGCGCGCGCGCGCGGCCGCGGAGCAGGGCGUGGAUGUUGACGCCGUGGAUGGGGUAGGGGUGGACGGCGUUGGGGUGGAUGGGGUGGAUGGCGUCGACGCGUCGGUCGACGCGCUCGUCGAGGGGUGGACAGAGGUCGCAUAG